AUGGAUAAAUGGAAAUACAUUCUGUUUUUCAAGGAAGAAGAAGAAGGUGUUACAACGGCGGAGGAAGAGGUUUGUGAAGAAGAAACUUUCCAAAUAACCCUCACAGGGAAGUUAUGGACAAACAAUAACUUCAAUGUAAGGGCUUUCACGAGUACGAUAUUGAGCACCUGGAAACUGAAGAACUCAGUUGAAACCCAAGAGUUGAACAAAAAUCUAUUUCUGUUUAAGUUCGCUACAAAAAGGGAUCUGGAAUUUGUUCUCAAAAACGGUCCAUGGAGCUUCGAUAGACAACUGUUGGUGCUAGAGCGUGUCUCUGGAGAAGAACAACCAUCAGAUCUGGACACGCACUUUGGUGUUUUCUGGGUCAGAGUGUACGACAGACCCCUUAUGCUCAUAUUAGAAACAAUGGCAAAAAAGAUUAGGGGUAUCGUUGGAACCUUUGAAGAGAUGGACCAGAAGGAAGCUCAUAAAAAUGGGAGUUUCGUCAUGAUUAAAGUGAAGAUGGACCUCAAGCAACCGUUAAAGAGGAGAACUGUUGUGUGCUUCAAAGAAAAGAAUCUUAGGGUCUUCUUCAAGUACGAACGAUUGCCAAACUUUUGUUUUGCGUGUAGGAGGAUUGGGCAUCUCCUGAAAGACUGUGAAGAUUUGGAAGAAUUGAGGGAUGAAGGUUUUGAGGAGUUAGAUGAACAAGACUUAUCUUUUGGGCUUUGGCUUAGAGCAUCCCCGCUCUCAAGGGUGACGGAAGAACCAAAUAAAAAAGACUCAAGUUCAAGUACCUGUAGCAAUAAUCUUUUUAACAUUUCCUCAAGCCAUAGCAGGUGCGGAACAAAAGGGAAGGAUAAAGAGGAUGAUGAAGUGGAAUAA